UGGUAGGAGCCAGCUUUGUUUUUAAGGUCAGAAAAUAAUGCAAUGAGUGGUGGUGGGGACGACACCUUUAUGGGGGAAGGGUAAAAGGUAAAUUGGAGCGACUUUGGGGGGCACUGGUUGCUUCCACUCUGGGACCCCUUGAGCACUUCUAAGGUUGCAUUUCUGCGGUUAUUUGAAAGCGGGAUUAAAACAGAGGGCAGCUGUGAAGCCACUACUAGACACUGGGCCCCUGAGCAGUGCAAGACUGACACACUUCUUUUUAGUUUAGAGAAAAGGUGAAUUAGAGGUGGCAUGAUGGAAGUAUUUAAAAUGACGCCUGGCCCACGGAGAAGGUGGAGAGAGGAAAAUUUGCCUCCUUCUCUUGUAACGCUAGAACUCAUGGACAUUCCAUGAAGCUGAAUGUUGGAAGGUUCGGGAUGGAUAAAACAAAAGAAGAUUAAACUAAUCCAUGGAGGAGAGGGCUAUUGGUGGCUAUGAGCCAUGACGGAAACUGCAGGAGGGGAGAAUGCUGCUCUUGCAGGGUUCCCAUUGGGACUUCUGGUUGGCCACUGUGAUAAGAGGAUGCUGGGCUAGAUGGGCCAUUGGCCUGAUCCAGCAGGCUCCUCUCAUGUUCGUAGGUCUGUUGUUUGAGGCUGAGUUGUGGGUUGUAUCCAGGACUAUUUUUCUAGAAAAAGAGGUGCCGGAACUCACCAUGAUCGCCUCCCUUGUUCUCUUACAAUGGCCAUGGCGCCCACCUGAGAGGUGCCGGAAGUGAGUUCUGGUGAGUUCCAGCUUGAAAAAAGAAAGCCCUGGUUGCAACAUUAGGAGUUAGCAUCAAAAACAGGAGUCUCUGCAAUACCUGGAUCAAACUUCAGGUCUGUCCUAUACUAUUUUUAGUUUUAGGCAUGGUCAGUGUUAUGUACUGAGCUGAAUCCUAGAACAAUAGGAUUCAGAAUCAGCGGGAGCUACCCAAUCCAACGCCAGGUGGAAGUGAAUCCGCAACCUGAUUGGCCUGCUGGAGCAGCCAAUCAGGCGGCUGGCAGAAGUGAAUCUGCUACCUGAUUGGCCUGUAGGAGCAGCCAAUCAGGCUGCAGCCAAAAGUCAAUCCACAAUAUAAUUGGCCCACAGGUGUAGCCCUGAAGUAGCCAAUCACGCAAGGCCCAUUGUGUAAAUAAUGUAUAUAAGCAGAUGGUUUUGGGAAAAGAGCCAUUCGUCUUCUCUUCUCCUCCUUGAUGACUAUGAGCUGAAUAAAGAGCAUGAAAUUCACUCUUGACUCCGAGUAUAUUUCACUGGCGACGAGGAUGGGAUCCUGCUGAGCUGACCGCCACCACGCACUGCACCGCAGCACCGCCACCUGCUGCACCGCUGCAUCGCACCGUGCAUCCAGGCUUCAGCUCCAGGACCCAAGGAACCCAGAAUGGCAACCGACAGCAGCUUCUCGCCAUUCAAACCAGCAUCAGGAGACUGGGAAGGGUACGCCGCCCGUUUCAACUUCCUCCUGCAAGCGAAAGAAGUCACCAACGAUGCCAUGAAGAGGGCGACAUUCUUCAGCGUCUGUGGAGAGGAGACGUUUGAAAUCGCCCGGGCUCUCCUUGCACCUAGAGAUGUCGCUACCGUCUCUUACAAAACAAUAAUGGAACGGCUGAAGGAGCACUUCUCACCACAGCCCUCGGUGGUAGCUUGCCGAAAUGCCUUCUACGCAAAACGGCAAGCCCCGGGGGAAACCAUAACUGGGUUUGUGACCUCCCUCCGCCAAGCCGCCCGGUUAUGCAACUUCUCAGAAUUGGAGAACAUGCUUCGUGACCGCCUCGUCGGUGGCCUGAGGGACGAGAUGUUGCAACGACGCCUCUACGCCAAAAAAGACCUCACGUUCCAGAUUGCUCUGGAGGAAGCCCUGGCAACCGAAGCCGCCGAGAGGUCAACGCAAGAGGCACGACCGGCCCCGCCAUCCCAACCGAGGGUCUACCACGAAGACCUCACCGACGAAUCCGAAUCUGACAGGGAGGAAGUACACCGAGUACAGCGGCGCACUCAAGCAGCACACACACCACAGCAGCCUCGACGAGAAGGAGGGAACUGUGCAAGCUGCGGGGAGAACCACGAGAGGAGGACCUGUCGUUUCCGCAACGCAGAGUGCAGGCAGUGCAGAAAAUUGGGACACAUCGCCCGGGUGUGUCGGGCUCGACUCACCCGUCGACAAGCAUCAGAUGACCGACCCAGGAGCCCCAGGUCACAUGGCACCAUGCACCAAGGCAACUCGACAGAGAUCACGGACUACCAGGGAUUCCUGGUGUCACCCCCUUCUUCGAUGAUGUACUGAUCGCCGGGCCCACACCAGAGGAAUUUGAGG